AUGGGCGUAAUCACUUACACAGAUGAGUACACCUCUCCUAUCCCACCAGCUAGAUUGUUCAAAGCCUUGGUCAUUGAUGCUCACAUCCUCAUCCCAAAACUCCUCCCACAGGCUGUUAAGAGCAUUGAAAUCAUUCAAGGCGAUGGAGGGGCUGGAAGCAUCAGGCAAAUCACUUUUGCCGAAGGUAGCCAAUUUAGUACUGUCAAGAACCGAAUUGAUGAGCUGAAUGAAAAAACUUAUUACUACAAGUACACGGUGAUCGAAUUCGAAGGUGAUGCCUUGGCUGACAAGCUUGAAUUGAUUGUUCAUGAGGUUCAAUUUGAGGCAACGGCUGAAGGUGGGAGUAAAAAUAAGAUGACAACCAAGUACCAUACCAAGGAUGACGUAGUGAUCAAGGAAGAGGAAAUCAAGGCUGGCAAGGAAAAGGUGCUGGGUAUGUACAAAGUUGUGGAAGGCUACCUCAUCCAGAACCCUGGCGCCUAUGCUUAA